AUGAGCUUCAACGGCAGACGAUCUCCUGGUAACGGUAGUCGAGGUUCGAUCUCGAUCAUCACGCUUCUUUUCGCCCUUCCCAAACUCUUGCUGCUGCCGACUCUGGCGGGAGCGUUCUUUGCGCCGAUAGGGGUACUGUCCUCGUCCGCUGCGAGGCUGCCUUCGUCGUCGGCGUCGCCUCAGAGGGGAGCAGACCGCACGGGGGCCGGGGCGGGGGAGCCGGCGCUAGUAAACGUGGCAAAGCUGGAGUCAGCAGCGGCCACGACCUUGUGGAACGUGCCCAACAUCCUGACGAUGGCGAGGGUGAUGGCUAUCCCGGUGUUCGCCACCAUCUUCUACGCCUCCCUCCCGCGGCGCAACAUCUGGUGCUCGGCGAUCUUCGCCGGAGCCGCUUUCACGGACUGGCUCGACGGUUACAUCGCUCGCCGGCAGGGCAUCGUAACGCCGUUCGGAUCCUUCCUCGACCCUGUGGCGGAUAAGCUGCUGGUGUCCACGGCGUUGAUUCUUCUCUCGGAGCGGCUGGGACCCUGGAUGACUGUCUGCUCCGCGAUUAUCCUCUGCCGAGAACUAGGGAUCAGCGCUCUUCGUGAGUGGAUGGCACAGCUGGGAUUGAGGGAAACCGUCAAAGUGGGAAACGCCGGGAAGUGGAAAACCGCGACGCAGAUGAUGGCCAUUACCAUGCUCCUGCUCUUGGAACCGGGUGCCACGGUGACGCUUGUCAACCCCGCCACCUACAUGCCCAUCGCCAAGGGCCUGCUGUACGUGUCCACCGUGUUGACGGUUACAUCCGGUAGCGGGUACCUCAAGGCGGCCUGGCCGGCGCUGAUGGGUAAAGCGUAGCGAUUACGUGGAUCCAGUUUGGGCCCGCACUUGAGAAAAACCUCUCAUUUCAGCCGAGGCUCCUCGUAUUUUGUCAACGGGGUACUGCUGUAUCCCGACGGCGACGAUACAGGUUUUAGUAUACUGUAGGCUUGACUGAGUACCUGCUGGGUUCGUAUGGUCAAGUUCAUUUUUUGGAAAAUUUUAGGGUCAACUUGUAGGCUACCAAGUGCGCAAGUGCGGGCCGGUUCUUCUGUAGGCCGAGAACCAAGUAGUUGUGAGGUUUCCCGAUUAUUAC